AAAAAUGCUCAUUUUUGACAACAUAUUUUUUUGAAUUGGCUGUCAUUUCGGAAAAAAAACAGUAAAGUAGUUUGGUAUUAUCACCAAAAAAAAUAUGGAUAAUUUGCCUUAUAACGUUGUUAUCGAUAAUGAUAAUGAUGAAAAAACUUAUGGUGAUGAUGUUGAUCAAAAUUUUAUGUUCAUAAUACUUAAUCGUAUUAAAGAACGUUGUGCAAAACAACCGCCUAAUGUUAUUGCAGCACACAUUUGUUCACCGAAUUGUCUUCGAUUAUAUGCCAAUGAUAUUGGUCAAUUGGAGUUACGACGAUCAAAAAAUCCUUAUCUAAAACCUAUGGUGCAAAAUUUUGCACGUAUAGCUGUAAAAAAUCCAACUAGACAUUCGAUUGAUAUCUGUUAUAUUUCACCUUGUGGUAAACUAUUAUCAUCAAUAGAAGCCAUACAAAAAUAUCUUCUACUAACACAAUGCAUGGAUCUCACAACUCUUAAUUUCACAUUUUCAAAAAAUUUUGUUUUACAAAAAUUAUCCAUACGAGAAAAAGCUGUUACUAUUAAAGACAUUUCCAAUGGUCUUGAAUCGAUACCGAUAUUGGCAAUUAAUUCAAUUACAAAUGAUCAAUUUUCAUCUAGUCGUCGUUAUAUUAAUAAUUCCGUUUAUGAACCAAGAACAUAUCAAAAUAUUAAAAAUAUUGUCGAUAAUAUUAAUCAAUGUAAUUGUAGUUCAUCACUUUGUCAUAAUAAUUGUAAAUGUUCGUCAGAGGAAAUAAGUUAUCGUUAUAAACGAUUAUUUAUUUAUUCAUCUAAUCCAAUUUAUGAAUGUUCAUCAAAAUGUGGCUGUUCAAUACAUUGUUUUAACAAAGUUGUUAGCCUCGGUAUUCAAUGUGAAUUUCAAGUAUUUUAUUCCGGUAUGAAAGGUUGGGCUGUACGUGCUACACAUUUCAUUUCGAAAGGAACCUAUGUAUUUUCUUAUGUUGGUGAAUUAAGUAUGGCACAAUAUCAUAAAGAAAAAAAACUUGGUUCUGAUGAAUAUACAGCAACUAUUGGAUUAAUCGAUAAAAAUAAUGAUGGUAUAUUACGAAUUUAUGAACCGCCUGAAUAUUGUGAUGAAAACGAAUCAAAAACAAUGCUAUUGGAAGGUUUAUCCGAAUCAAAUCUAGUUUGUUAUGUAAAUCAUUCCUGUAGUCCGAAUCUAUUCUCACAAAAAGUUGUCAUUGAAAAUGGUCAUGGACAAUUAGUACCAACAUAUGGUCUAUUUGCUAUUCGUGAUAUAAAUCCAUUUGAAGAAUUAUGUUGGGAUUAUCAUUAUUCAUUAACUGAAUCAUUACCAAUGGAUUGUCGUUGUGAAGCAGCCAAUUGUAAUAUUUUAUUACGCUAAUCAAAAUAGUCAUCGAAAGAAAGAAAAAACGUCUUGAUUUAAAAUGAAUUGAUAUGUUCGACAACAAUAUUAUAUAUCAUGUGAAUUUCAAAUUGUAAAAAAAAAAAAAAAUUUUUUGAUUGAUUGUUUGAUUGAU